GUUGACUCAACACCAAUUUACACAUCCCUCUAUUAAGAGAGACAAGUUAGAGAGAGAGAGAGAGAGAGAGAGAGAGAGAUGGGAAGGGGGAUUCUGGAGGUGCACCUGGUGGAUGCAAAGGGUCUUGCGGAUACAGAUUUCUUAGUUGCAGGAAAAAUAGAUCCAUAUGUGUUGAUUCAAUACAGGAGUCAGGAGUGCAAGAGCAGCGUCGCACGAGGCCAAGGGAGGAACCCUUCAUGGAAUGAAACAUUCAAGUUCCAGGUGAAUUCUCAAGGCUCCAACAUUCAACACAAGCUCACCCUCAGGGUAAUGGAUCAUGACACCUUCUCCCGCGACGACUUCAUCGGCGAAGCUACGAUCAACGUGACUGAUUUGAUCGCGAUAGGGAUGGAGAAGGGAUCUAUAGAACAACAUCCUACCAAGUACAACGUAGUACUCGCGGACCGAAGUUAUUGUGGGGAAAUUCGAGUUGGCAUCAAUUUUAAAGCAAAGAUGCAAGAGGAGGGAGAAGAAGAGCUCGGCGGGUGGAAACAUAGCUUUCGUGCGUGAAAAUGGUUAGAAUUCGGCCGAAACUCUCGAGCAUUUAUCCAUGGUUGUUCAAAGAUGUAAAAGAGUUAUGUGAGGAAUGUAUCAAGGAUGUACACAUUUAACAUCCCUUUUUAUUUUUUUCCACCUUUCUUUUAAACUCCCUUGAAUGAAGAUUUGAUAAGGUUAUUGCUUGUUGUAGCUAGAUAUAGUUUGUUAAAGUGAAAAGGAAAAAAAAAAAAUUGUAAGAAUUUGAGUAUGGAGAUGAUUAGAUGAAUCAAGCCGUAGCAUUAUUGAGUUUGUGAAAUGAGAGACACUGCAUUACUCUU